AUGGAGAAAAAGGACAAAGUCAUUAUGUGGCUGGCACAGGAUGAGAUAGACAGCAUGCAGGCGUACACAGAAGAACUUAUGCAGAAUGGAAUUCCAACAUGCGCCAGGAUAGCCAUGUGGGGUCUGGCAUUCACUAAGUCCUGGUACAGAAGAAUUGAGAGGCCGCAGUUUGCAAUUUACAACACAAUUCUUAAGUGCAGGAAGAAGCUUCCAUGCCCAGACUGCUACAAAAAGAUCCUUCAAAAGGAGCAGGAGGAAAGAGAUAAAAAGAAGGGCCUGAAGGGCAUGCUGGAUACAUUCAGUGAAGUGAUGAAUGCGCCCUCUCCUUCAGUGAAUAAGGAAGGAGAUCAAGAGAAGGAGGAAAGUGGGAAAGAAAAAGAAGAAAAUAGCAAAGAAAAGGAGGAAGAGAAAAAUAAAGAAAAGGAAGGUAAAGAUAGUCAGAGUGAUGCAGAAAGUCAGGAAGAGAGUGAAGAUGAAGAUAGUGACCUUCUCUCAGAUGAAGCAAUUCAGUCAAUUAUUGGGCACUUAGAUUGCGACUUCUCUAAGGAUGAAGGAGGAAAAAAGUCAGAGAAGGAGAGAGCAUAUACAAUGCGCAUUGUAAGAUAUGCCCUUAGACGGUCCUACGAGUACAAUAUGCUUGUGUCUCAUGAAAGAGUCCAUAAGAAGAAUGUAGAUAAGAUAUUCAGUCUGUGCAUUGGAGCAUUCUCUUAUUUCUCUGCGUACCACAUUGAAAACCUGUUUAAAGUGGCUUUUUUCCUGGCUUCAAAUAUUAAUGGAAUAUUCUUCACAAAAAAGGGGCAGAGUAUGACAAAAAAGGAGUUUGAUAGAUUCCUUCUGUUUCUGCAGAAUACAGCAGCCCUGAGUAAGAAUAAGUUUAUGGUGCUUAUUGAUACAAUAUCCACACUAAACCAGGAAAUUCUCACUCAGUUUAUAUUUGAUAUAAUAAAGGGAGAUGUCUCUGUGUCAGGUGUGCAGAAGGAUUUGUUUGAAAAGUACUCCAAGAAAAGUGCAGCUGAAAUUGACGAGUUUAAGAAGAAGAACCCAUUCUCACUGUUGGCCACAUUCACUCCUCGUAUCAUUAUACUGCACCAGAAGGAGAACAAGACGCUUGAUGAAUUGAAGCGAGAGAAUGCAUACCUAAAGGAGAAUAUAGAAACCCUUCUAGGUGAUCUGAAGCACUCAAACACGUGUGGGUUUAUUGCGCAGCUGAAGAAGGAUCUGGAAGAAAAAGAAGAAGAGAUCAAAAGACUUUCAAAUAAAUAG